AUGUUUGACAUAACAAAUGCGAACGUUGGUGAAACAAGAAGAAGAGACGACACACUGAAACAACAGAGAAGAGAGAUGUUUAAGAGCGCUAUAGAACAAGUUCGCAAAGCUAACGAUGUCAUUCGUUCCAUUGACGACAAACCAAAAGAAGGUGAGAGAUGGUUAAAGAAAGAUGAAGAGAAUAGGAAGAGAAAUGUGAAGUCAGGCAAUAGACUCAUUGACUUUAACAUCGAAGCUUUAGAUGAACCAAACAGAGACUACUUACACAAACAUUUCGGUAAGGUUUUCAUGAGACUCUUAGAGAAAAUUAAAAUAAACUCACAACAGAGAUGGAUGGUAUGUUAUAAACUUGGUGGAAAGUAUGAAUGUUCUACGUUAAACCUCAAUAAUAUUGGAACAUUACUACAUCAGCUCUUGAAGGAGAACUUUAUAUCAGAGAUAGAAGCAAAUGCUGCAGGUAUUGUUGAAAUGCACUAUGACUUCUUCUUGACAAACAUAAAGAAUCUUACCGAAAUAAAGAUGUAUGAUUUAACAGAAUAUGAAGGCUUAACGAUGUCAGAUGUAAAGAAAGGCAAACCAAAAAAGAGACCAUAUAGAGAUGAAAGCACACUGACAAAUGACCAGAAAGCCAUUUUGGAAGCUCUUAAGCAAACAGGAAACCCAGCACUUAUAGAAAGCUUUUGGAAAGAUAAUGGUGAAAAGAAGUUUUAUAAGAAGAGAAGCGGUCAGUUCUGGAAGUAUCUUUGCACAUUACCUAUAAAUCUUGAACGCUACCAAAUCUUCAAUGAACUGAACAAAAGAACUGCAACACUUAUGACAGAGGACAAUUGUUUCGUUUAUGCUUGCAUUCAGGCUGGAGUAAAUGAAGAAACUAUUGACCACAUGAGAGAAGUCAUUCGUGUUAGAGACUUUCCUCAAAGUAAAGUACAAGAAAUUUCUGACGCAACAGGUAUAUCAUUUAAUGUUACCAUUGGUUAUUUCAAUGACUCAAGACAUAAUGAAAUAAAGAGAUAUAUACCAAAAGAAUGCGAAACU